UCGAGGGUAGUCGCCACCUUCCAUUGCAUCGUCAGAUACAAAUAAAUGGCAAUUUUCAAGUGCGUUUUCAAGUAAAAAAGCGUCGUAAUGGCGGUCCAACAGAGUCCAAAUCUAUCACGAGACUCUGAAUUAGUUUUGAUUGCAAACACACACCACUUAUAAGGAUUGCGUAUUCUUCGGGUGUGGAUUUUGCGAUAGAUUAGUUGAAUCAUUCCUGUAGACAAUGCGCAAUAUUUCACGUGAGCCAAGAAUGGUAGUUCGUAAAAGAAUUUGGCCAAAAAGCCUGAGUGAUUUUGGUUCCAUGACAUUUAUCCUAGUAAUAGUGCCUCUAAUUUACUGGUUUGAACUCUGGGUUGUUUUGCCCGAUCUUCAUGAGUAUGGAACAAUGGCAUACUGCUUCCAUUUUUUCAUGGGAAAUUUCAUAAUGUUGAAUAUAGUUGGAAACUUCACAUUCACCGUUUUGAGUGACACGAGCACUAGGAGAGAAAUAAUGCCUGUGAGUGGAGUAAGGAAGAGCGAUGGAUGGAGGUUAUGCAGUUCUUGUGAAGCAUUUUCACCACCUCGUUCGUGGCAUUGUUCCACCUGCAAUACUUGCAUUUUGAAACGUGAUCAUCACUGCAUAUUUACCGGCUGUUGCGUUGGGCAUUAUAACCACAGAUAUUUCCUCAUGUUCAUUUUUUAUCUAUUCGCAGCAACGGUCUAUGCUUUUGUUAUGAACAAUUAUUUUAUAUGGAGUAGAGUACAAUUUGAGUUCCCCAUGUCUCUUGUCAAAGUUAUAUUUCCAUUGGCAAUAUUCGUCUUUGGGUUCGAUGGUUCUAUCGAGCAGUUUUACCUUCUCCUAUACAUCGUCACCGUCAUUGGAAUGAUGUUCACUGGCGUUUUAUGCAUUUACCAUUUUCAUCUUGCUAUCCAUGGACUAGUUUCCAAUGAGAGAAAUAAAAAUGACAACUCCUACAAUUUGGGGUGGCGUCAAAACAUAGGAGAAAUUUUUGGGGACAGAUGGUAUCUUACCUGGUUUAAUCCUUAUGCGGAUUCAAAGCUACCUCAUAACGGAAUAAAUUGGGACACUUGUUCGUCAUGGAAGAAAAAUAGUGUAAAGACUAGAUGAACUUUGUUAAUUAUUUCAGAGUGGUCGUGUGUGUAAUAUAUCUUUUGAUGUUCCCCAUUUUUGGAGAAAAGGACUCCUUGCUAAUUUUAGAAAAAAACAUCAACUUGAAACUUUGUCUAUCUGUAAUGAACAAAGAAUUAUAAACAUAUUAAACAUA